UCGCGAAUCGCGAUUUCCAUUCAUUUCGUGUCUUGAUCUCGGCUUAGCCACUACGCGGCUACUUUUCUCUCGUAUCUACUACGAACUGUAAUUACAUUGUGCAAUUAGACUCCAUUGCCCGUCGUCCACUGUAAGUCGGUCGAGUGGUGUAGUUCGGUUGUUGUGAUUGUGCGGCCUAAUUCCGUGCGUUUACAGACCAGUGAUAACGUAGUGUAAUCAUCCGAGACGAAAUUGAACAACAGUAACAAAAUGGGUGUACCGAAGGUCUACGUCGUCGGGGUCGGAAUGACCAAAUUCGAGAAACCCGGCCGCCGGGAGAACUUUGACUAUCCACAGAUGGCCAAGGAAGCCGUCACGAAGGCACUGAAGGAUGCCCGGAUCCAGUACCAGGACGUCCAGCAGGCCACCGUCGGUUACGUGUACGGGGAUUCGACCUGCGGACAGCGCGCGCUGUACGAGAUCGGAUUCACCGGUAUUCCGAUCUACAACGUCAACAACAACUGCUCGACGGGUUCGACAGCUCUGCUGCUGGCCAAGCAGCUGAUCGAAACCGGAAACAACGAUUGUGUCUUAGCGCUUGGGUUCGAGAAGAUGGAGCGCGGUUCGCUGACGUCCAAGUAUAUGGAUCGUACCAAUCCCGUUGAGCUGUUGGUGACUGCCAUGGCGGAGAAGCAUGACAUUACGGGGGCUCCCAUCUCGGCACAGUUGUUCGGCAAUGCCGGAGUGGAACAUAUGAAGAAGUACGGUACAAAGCCGGAACAUUUCGCCAAGAUUGCUUACAAAAAUCACAAACAUUCCACCAACAACCCCUAUUCGCAGUUCCAAGAUGAGUAUUCGUUCGACCAGAUCGUCAAGUCGACACAGGUGCAUGAAUUCCUCACGAAGCUACAGUGCUGUCCCACGAGUGACGGAUCCGCGUGCUGUAUCGUCGCUUCAGAAAGUUUCGUGAAACGGCACGGUUUGGAGUCGCAAGCUGUGGAGAUUGUUGCUAUGGAAAUGUCGACCGAUCUGCCGUCGUCAUUCGGUGAGGGAAGUGCAAUGAAGAUUGUUGGUUACGACAUGACCCGUAACGCAGCCGAGAAGGUCUUUGCCAAGACGAACUACAAACCACUGGACGUUGAUGUGGUGGAAUUGCAUGAUUGCUUCUCUGCGAACGAGUUGAUCACUUAUGAGGCCCUAGGUCUGUGCCAACCGGGCAAAGCUGCGGAAUUCAUCGACCGCGGGGACAAUACCUAUGGAGGUCGUGUUGUUGUAAAUCCAAGUGGGGGGUUGAUUUCCAAGGGACAUCCUCUGGGUGCUACUGGGCUGGCCCAGUGUAGCGAACUAUGCUGGCAGCUGCGAGGCCAGGCCGAUAAGCGACAGGUUAAGGGAGCCAAAUUGGCCCUGCAACACAACAUUGGGCUGGGUGGUGCUGCUGUAGUGGGUCUGUAUCGACUAGGUUUCCCGUACGCCAAAAAUCCAAUCAACAUGAAUUUGACGGCGGCGGGUAAGAUCAAGGAUACGCCUGAAGGUUUCCUAGUCGCCCCGUACAUGAAACUACUCGAGGAGGCGAUGGCUGAUGAUAAGGAAAACUUGAUCGAAAAGGUGCGUGGAAUCUACGGCUUCAAGGUCACCAACGGACCCGAUGGAGCUGAGGGAUACUGGGUCAUCAAUGCCAAGACCGGAAAGGGCUUGGUUACUUACAAGGGAACGGAUAAACCCGACGUAACCUUCAUCAUCAACGACAUCGAUGUGGUGGAUCUAAUUUCCGGCAAGUUGAACCCGCAAAAGGCCUUCUUCCAGGGUAAGGUGAAAGUGCAAGGCAACAUGGGCCUGGCCAUGAAGUUGGUGGAUCUACAGAAGCGUGCAAAUUCCCGCAUCGAGGAACUCCGGGCAAAACUGUAAACUAGUUUUGGUUGUUAGUAUAUCAGUAAAAAAUUAAAAGAUGAUGAAAUGCAACAUGUAUUUUUCCAUUUAUUUUGGUUCCGUCGUGGCAUUUUUAAAAUGUGGUGAUUUUUGUACACUAGCUACAGAUAUUUUUUUUAAUAAAUUUUUUUAUAACACCGGUGAUAGUUGACUA